GAUCUUUUGAGCUGGAGGUGCAGUUUGUUUGUUUCCAGGUAUCAUGGGGGGCUUCCGACCGCUGAGGGAAGGCAGGUGGGUCUGGGCGGCCGGGAGGGCCGGAGAACCACAGGAGAGGAGGAAGAGAAACCCAGAGAAGCCUCGUAAAGAAAGAAACCUUUGACUUUUUUCCCUCCUUUUUUCUCUGUUCUCCUUUUUUCUUCAGUCGGUGGAUCCUCCUCUCCUUCAUUUUUUUCCUUGGGUUGUGGAAAUGGUGGUCGGAACUGCAUUUUAACCAUGUUUUGGUAAUAGUGGGAGGUGGAGGUGGAGAAAACAAAACAAAAAAGGUUCUAGGACACAAGGAAGUUUGCUGUCACACAGAACAGAUCGCACCACACAUUGUUUAUGUCAUCAGGUGAAUCAUCUCUCUCUCUAUCUAUGGUUUUGCGGCGUCUUCCACCACAUAUCUGCAUAUUCCUCUCUUUGUCUGUGACGCAAUCUCUUCUUGGGACUUUUAAGGUUUUCUAAUAUUUCCCUCCCCAAACCGUCCUCCUAAACCCCUCUUUGAUGUUUGUGUAUUUUUUCAAUCAAACCUUUUUCCUUUGGGUUGUAAAGAAGGACUUUUACUGUAAUCUAUCCACAAGGACCCUAAACCUGGCUCAUGGGACGAUGGCGGACUGCCGGAAAGCCAUAUCCUCCAGGAUAUAUUGGCUUCCUGGCACUUUGAAUGGAUCCGGGUGAUGGUGGACUCGGAGAGAAAGGGCUUCAUGGACAAGCUGUAUGCCAUUCAGGACGUGUGCGUGAGCGUGCAGAAUGCGCUGGGUGAAGUGGCCUCCUAUGGCGAGAGGAUAAAGAACACGUUUAACUGGACCGUGCCUUUCGUGAGCUGGCUGGUGGUGGUGGCGUUGGGUGUGGCCUGCAUCCUCCUCUACUACAUCCCCCUGAGAUACAUGCUGCUGGCCUGGGGGGUAAACAAAUUCACCAAGAAGCUGCGAUCGCCGUACUCAAUCGACAACAAUGAGCUCCUGGACCUUCUGUCUCGAGUGCCCUCGGACGUACAAUUGGUGCAGUACCAUGAGCUGAAACUGGAUCCCAGUCUCAGUCCAAAUAAAAGGAAGAAAAACCCCCCUGGCUCGGAGGGGCUCGGCGGGAAUAUGUCUCCGGCCGUGUCAUACAUUGGUCAGGGCGAGGGCGCGUUCACACGGUCAGGGCCCGCUCUGGCCCAGUGACGUGUAGAGCGAGCCGGUGUGUCCCUGUGUUUGAUAGCAAACAAGCCUUACACUACUUUUACAACCCUCGGUAUCAUCCUGUUUUUGUAUUUUAUUUUGUAAUGUUUUUUAUUUUUGUUUGAUUGUAUUGUGGUCAGUCGCUCUUGGUGAUAUGUGUAUGGGUCGAACUCUGCUUUUAUUAACUACGACAUGGGCUGAGUGGAUGCUGCUUUGACUUGCUUUAUGUUCGGUGGCAGAUCAUUUGUGUCAUUCUGCUUUACUGCUCACUAGCCCACAUUAUAUAUUAUUCCAUGGGAUUCUGUCUCUUGCCUAAACAUGGUUUUGUAGCACAUACUGUGCUAACGUGGGUUAACUCUCUCAUCCAAUAGUCAUCUUUCGACUGGCAGCCAGUAGAACAGAACAGUGACUAAUCACAUCGACUCGGCAGAUGGAGAUUGCAUCAUUUUCCCCUGCCACGUCAACCACCAGCAGUCAGUCAGUCAGUCAGCCAGUGAGUCAGCCAGUCAGUCCGAGUGAAAUGUCCACUUAUUCCCUCAAUCUGUCAAGAAGUUAGCGAGAGGCUGGGCUUGUUCCAGCUGAUAUAGAUGUCACCGUGCCCGGGCGUCGCCAGACAGACAGGCCUUUAGGCGUACACACACAUGGCCUAAUCUGCUUUGAAAGGCUGCUCUCCUCUGCUCAUCUACCCAUGUGUUUGUGUCAGUAGGCGUGCAUGCAGUAUACACUCACACACACACACACGCACACUGCCUUACAAACUGACAAACAUGCAUGCACACACACCCACACAUGCACACAGCCUUACACAAGGACACAUGCACGCCCACACACACACACACACACAAACACACA